CGUGACGGGUGCUGUUUGGGGAGGACAAGCAUGGUGGCUGCAUGGGGCCUCCAAGCCGGGGGGUGACCGCGAGGGGCGCUCAUGACAGCCGCCCCUCCCCAGGCCUGUGGCGUCCUCUGCCUUCCAGGGGCGGUCACACAGACCCUCAGAGGGACCAGAGACAGACCCCACAGGGCAGACUGCCACACGCCCACCCCGCGCGGGAAGGGGCUGCUGCUCAGGACCCCUGGAAGGGCUGAGGGGCCCGCCCCAGCCGUGGGAGGCAGGAUGGGAGGGACGGGCCAAAGAAUGUGCUGAGAGGACAGUCGGAAAGUUCCUCCUUCCCGGGGACAAAGUCCCCCAGCACCGGCGGUUGGUGGACAGCAGGCAGGGGCUCGAGACAGCAGCCGGCCGGGGCGGGGCUGGCCCCCGCGGGGCCACUCACCCUCCCCGCAUCUCCGGAGCGGGAAGGGGCCCAACUCCAGAAAGAGGCACCUGUGAACGAGGGGGCCGGACUCAGCUGGGGAGAGAACCAGGUGGGCUCGGGUGCCAGGCUGAAGAGCAGCGUGGCCUCGGGUGGGCCCUCCUCCCACUUGCAGGAGGUCAGUGGCGCCCGUGACUGUGACCACUGCUGGCCACCUCUGGGGCUGCGCCGCUUGGGAGCUCUGCUAGGCCCGGCCCUGAACUGGAUGACCUCGGGGGUUGCUGCCCUCCCUGCCCACCUGGUGCAAAGAGCUUCCUUCUGGCCAUGUGACCGCAGCAGGACAGGCACAAGAAGGCCUGCAGAGACGAGGGUGGACUUCCCGAGGGGUCCCCAGGAUGGCCGGCCAGAGUGUCAGCAUCCCGCCUGCCGCAGGCGGCCAGCAUGCAGCAUCCUGUCAUGUCCCUCAGACAUCCACAUGCGAGAGCCCAGCUCUGGGGGCCAGCAGCCCAGCCCUGCUCACCCCUGGGUGACGGUGGGGCCUGGAAGAGGCCGGCACCCAGGGCUGCGAUGGUACCCCUGGGGGGCCCUUGGCUCCUUGGUAAACAUUAAUGGGCUCAGUACACGGCAGGUCAUGUGUGCACCCAGCGGAUCUUUGACCUGCAGCUGCUCUCGGCCUGUGUCUCCUCCCCGAAGGUGCCCCUCACUGCCCACACAGAGCUGGGUCUGGACCUGGGUCUGUUCCUGCCUGAAAUCCAUGCUGCAUCCCCUCACCGGUGGCCCAGCCCCUCCCACCCCUCUGGACACAGUUGGCCUGGUGGACCAGAGGCUGGGAAAUGCAGGGAUCUCUGGUUCUGCCUCCAUCCUGGAAGACAGAGACAUGGACCCCUGGGCCCUCCCUCAGCUGAAGGACACUGGACAGGCCUGGAGAGAGCUCAGUGCGGCCGGCAGGGCGCUGCGGGUGCUCACUGGCUUCCUCAAGGCCUGUGGGCUGCUGGGCGGCCUCUACCUCUUCAUCUGCUCCCUGGACAUCCUCAGCUCCGCCUUCCAGCUGCUAGGCAGCAAAGUAACCGGAGACAUCUUCAAGGAUAACGUGGUGCUGUCCAACCCUGUGGCUGGACUGGUCAUUGGCGUGCUGGUCACAGUCCUGGUGCAGAGCUCCAGCACGUCCUCCUCCAUCGUGGUCAGCAUGGUGGCCUCCAAGCUGCUGACCGUCCGGGCCUCUGUGCCCAUCAUCAUGGGUGUCAACGUGGGCACAUCCAUCACCAGCACCCUGGUCUCAAUGGCACAGUCAGGGGACCGGGACGAGUUUCGGAGAGCCUUCGGCGGCUCGGCUGUGCACGGCAUCUUCAACUGGCUCACGGCGCUGGUCCUGCUGCCGCUGGAGAGUGCCGCGGCCCCCCUGGAGAGGCUCAGUGCGCUGAUCCUGGGCGCCGCCAGCCUGCAGCCCGGGGGGCACGCGCCCGACAUCCUCAAGGUGCUGACCCGGCCGCUCACACACCUCAUCGUGCAGCUGGACGCUGAUGUCCUUAUGGGCAGUGCCACGGGCAACAGCACCAACCGGAGCCUUAUUAAGCGAUGGUGCGGCACCAGGGAGCAGACGACCGCGGGAUACAGCAGCUACUGCGGAGCGGCGGCGGGGGGCCUCUGCCCUGGGAAGAACGGCUCUGCGUCUGAGGAGCCCUUGCCCUGCCGCCACCUGUUUGCGGGCACAGCGCUCGCGGACCUGGCCGUGGGCCUCAUCCUGCUGGCCGCCUCCCUGCUCGUGCUCUGCUCCUGCCUCGUCCUCAUUGUCAAGCUGCUCAACUCCACUCUGCGGGGCCGCGUCGCCCAGGCCGUGAGGACAGUCAUCAACGCCGACUUCCCCCGCCCGUUUGGCUGGCUCAGCGGCUACUUGGCCAUGCUCGUGGGCGCCGGCCUGACCUUCGUGCUCCAGAGCAGCAGCGUCUUCACCGCGGCCAUAGUGCCGCUCAUCGGGGUCGGGGUGAUCAGCCUGGAGCGAGCGUACCCUCUCUUCCUGGGCUCCAACACUGGCACCACCACCACGGCCCUGCUGGCAGCUCUGGCCAGCCCCUCGGACAUGCUGCUCAGCGCCGUCCAGGUCGCUCUCAUCCACUUCUUCUUCAACCUGGCGGGCAUCCUGCUGUGGUAUGUGGUGCCCAUCCUCCGGCUGCCGGUCCCGCUGGCCAAGCACUUUGGGAACCUGACCGCCAGCUACCGCUGGGUGGCUGUCGCCUACCUGCUGCUCUGCUUCCUGGUGCUGCCUCUGGCCGCCUUCGGGCUCUCCCUGGCGGGGGGCGCAGUGCUGGCUGCGGUCGGGGCACCCCUGGUAGUGCUGGUGCUCCUCGUCGCCCUGGUCACCGUCCUGCAGCGGCACCGGCCCGCCUGGCUGCCCCGCCGCCUGCGCUCCUGGGCCUGGCUGCCCCUCUGGCUCCGCUCUCUGGAGCCCUGGGACCUCCUGGUGAGACGCUGCUGCCCCUGCAAGGCCUGCAGCCCCCCUCAGGCUGCGGCCAAGGAGGCCCACUGCUACGAGAACCCCCAGGUUCUGGCCUCCCAGCAGUUGUGAAGGGUGGACGUGCCUCACCCCCUAGCCCCAUUGACGUCUGGCGGCCCUGGGGGAUCCCAGUAGCUGCGGACUUCUGAGUCACCUGAGUCGCCUUCUUUGCAAAUAAAAAAAGUCUGUACCCA